UUCAACUAAAAAACCAUUGCUCAAAGCUCGGAGACUCUGUGAGGGCGGGCACAUCAGCAGAGAACAGAUGAGUGAGAGAGAGCUUGGAAUGGACAAGACCCAUGUCCUUUUGGGUCUAUUUUUUCUAGGGUUUCUGGUUAGCCUUACAGUUGCAGAGGGAGGAGCACGGCCAGGGUUCCUUUACACAAGAAGCAAAGGAAAAUGCACACCUGAGUAUUGGAGUAGUAGAAGGGAGACAUGGCCAAAAAUGGUUCCUUUAACAUCAUCAGUAUCAAAGGUAUUCGGAUCAAGAGCUCUCGAUCGAUACAGAGCAGAUCUCACAUUGCUCGAAGCCACUGAAAGGAACGAUGAUAUUGGGAAUGCGUAUCAUCGUCUCUUGAAGCAAGCAUCGGCUGCCCUUCUCAACUCCUAUGCUCGCAAGCCGUUUCCGUACUCAUCUUGGAAGGUCAAGACUUUGCUAAUCCAGGCUCUUGUCUCAGAGAAAGCAGCUGAUUUACAAGCCUCUCAGUUCUCCAGUGCCAACCAAAAUUGUUCUUAAUAUUGGGUUAUGGUUUGCUUAAUUUAGGUCUAGCUUUUUCUGAUCAGGUGGGGAACUUGGAUCUAGUGUGUUUGGAUGAACUACCUUUUCUUUUGUUCUACUGUACAUGCAUACUUAACUAAGAAUCGCGCUAGGGAUUGAUUGGUUAGUUGUUGACAAUUGCAACUCUGCAUUCGAAAUUCGAUUCAUACAACUGAACAUUCCAAAAUAUACAUGCAUGCUUAUCUGUGGUGUUUUGAUGAAGUGCAGUGAAUUUCUCUUCA